AAACUUCCGUGAAGCACGAGAUCACGACGGCAGGACAAGCUAUUUGCUCAGCCGAUGACAAGAUCCCCAGGUGGGCCAGGUCGCACGUCGCUUGGCACAUGGUGCCCCUAACUACCCGCGACGGUUAGUUUAUUGCACGCCGUCCACCAGCCGGUCCUGCGCUCUCGAGUCGAGACUCCACCUUCCAUUCAUUUCAUCUGCUCCAUCUCCCUCUCUGUUCGCCGGCGUAUAAUAAGCUUCCCCUUUCUGCAACUGAUCUGAUCCGGGCUGCCGUGAGCUCUGCUCGUCCUGAUGGAGUUCAAGAGGGAUGUAUGGAGCCUGCUCCUCGUGCUGCUCCUCGGGCAGCUCGUCGCCUUCUCCAUGGCCGCCUCAAGCUUCGCCUCCUCCCUCAUUGCUAAUCUUGGUAUUCAAUCUUUCACCUCUCAUUGAGCUGACCAGAAUACACAGACUUGUUGGUGUCCAUGGAGUCGAUGCCCCACUGACACAGUCUUUCUUAGCCUACCUGUUGCUGACCUUAGUCUAUGUACCAAUCGUCCUGCGUCGACGGCAGAAGCUGCAAAUAGCUUGGUACUGGUACCUAGCUCUGGCCUUCUUUGAUGUACAGGGGAACUAUCUUGUUGUGAAGGCGUACCAGUACUCAUACAUUACCAGUGUGACUUUGUUGGAUUGCUGGACUGUUGUAUGGGUCGUCAUGCUCACCUGGUACGCACUGGGCACAAGAUACUCACUCUGGCAGUUCGUGGGGGCAGGGACCUGUGUGGCAGGGCUCGCCCUUGUGCUGCUUUCAGAUGCAAAAUCUCAAGAUGAGCAAGAUCCGAAAAAAAUACCACUUCUGGGGGAUGCCCUUGUUAUUGCUGGGACAGUUGGUUUUGCAUUUAGCAAUGUUGGGGAGGAAUACUGUGUCAAGAAAAAGGAUAGAGUUGAAGUUGUUGCAAUGCUUGGUCUCUUUGGGUUGCUGAUCAGCACAGCGCAGAUACUUGUAUUUGAAAGGAAGGGCCUAGAAGCAGUUACAUGGUCUCCAACAAUGAUAAGUCUGUUUGCAGGAUUUGCAGUGGCAAUUUUCGUAUUCUACACAGUUGCUCCUUUCGUUCUUAAGAUGAGUGGAGCUACAUUGUUCAACCUUUCACUGCUAACAUCUGACAUGUGGGCAGUCGCCAUUCGAGUUUUAUUCUAUCAGCAAGAGAUAAACAGGUUGUACUACCUAGCAUUCGCAGUUGUGGCCAUUGGAUUAAUCAUCUAUUCGUUGAAUGAUAGAUCUUCAGAUGAUGAAACAGCUGGAAGUACAGAAGCACCGGCCCAAUAUCAGCAACUUCCAAUUGAAGACAAUUCAACAAGAAUUGGUUCUAGUUCAGGUAGCCAAGAAAGGACACAUAAGGAAGAAGUUCAUAUCUGUUAGUGGGAUAAUAAUGUAUUAAUGUACGAAGACACUUCAUUGUCAAUGCAUGGAUUUUUACCAAAUCAAAUAUGGCAUAGAGAUAUGCAGAGUAAAAUGCUGGUUGCUUCAUGUAUAGGAAAACGUUUAAUUGGCCCAAGAAGCUAAGCAAGAUGAGGAAGAGAAUCAGAAUUAAUUUUCUUUACAAGUCAGUCCAGCAGAUUAUUCACAAGAGCAGACCCAUUGCUGAAGGCUCCCGCAUCAGUGAGAUCUAAGGAAGGGAUAAUACAUCGGGUCAAAAUGAUCUUUGACUAGGGAUUGUGAACAAUCACAGCUGGUCUGCAAAGCAUAAUAGCAACAGUAUGAACAUGUAAAGGGAGUUACUAGUCACUAAAGCUCUUUCAAGAAUUGUCUAUGAAGGAAAAAAAAUUCUAGAUAGUGUAUGGAUAGCUUACAUGCUUUACUGGAAUGCAGAAUUAUGAUUUAAUGAUAUUUUCUAUAUUACUCAUUGUUAAAUUCUA